CUUGGAGCUCUUCCCACGGAGUGCCCAAGAGUCCACUUUUUUCGCCAUACCGUGCGGCCUUUCGCUACCCGUGAGCCAAAGAGGCAGACUUAUGUUCCUGUGGGUCGCUAUAGAGGGUGCCGUGACCCCUGCCCCGCCCCGCCAGUGCGCGACGCGGGGGAACUCGUUGGGGCCGCUCUCCAGUAGUUCCCCAAACGACGCCGAAACCCCACUAGACCUCUCCGCCUGGUUGCGGCCUUGCUGCGUCACGGUGGCUGUGGGAUCCCUGUCGCGGCACGUCGACAGCUAGCGGCCUGGCAUCUUGGGGUCCGGCUUCCGCCCCGAAGAAUGCUGCCCCCUUUGCACGUUGUGCGGCAGACUUCGGAGAAGAUUAGCAAAGAGGCCGCAUUUGGAGCAAAGGUCCAGAAGCCCGCAAACUGGGGCCCCGCUUUGGGCCUUAUGCUCACCGCCUGGCAGCCGGUUCGCUUGGCGCAGGCUCUUGCGCCCCUCCUACGCUCAUCGCCUGGUCGUGUUCCCGUUCGUCCUCUUCUCCCCGAGGCUGGGCCCUCAGCUGUCCCCCCCGCCGUGGCGGCCGCGGGCGUCCGCAAGCCUUUGACGCAAAAGCCUGCACGACCUUUACCCCUAGCGCGCCAAUAGUCGAGGCCCCUCCCUCCCUUGUUGAGCGGCGGGCGACGGCUCUAGCGCCAACGGCAAAAAAAGCCUCGGCUUUCUUCACAUUUUGGCCCCUAGCAUGCCGGGCGUGGAGGCAUUUUCCUUCGUAGCGGGAGUAUAAUGCUCGAUCAAGGGCAGCACAUCUCGUCUAGCCUCAGUACCUCGUUAGCGAGUUAUGAGUAGACUCGAAUAGUGACACGAAAUUGGUCCGACUUCAUGCUUUGUUUUGUAAAAGAAAUACGAACAGCGAAUCCUGGGACUGUAAGCUCAAGUUGUUCGUGCUAUGUGGUCCUCUCAUUGAUCAGAUGACUUCCGGACCAGGAUGUGGUCAUCGACGUCCCUAGUGACAAGUGGUUGCGCCGCGAGCGUGAAAGGCGUGCGUCGAUAGGGUCGCGCUCGGGCGUAAUAAUAAUAAUGACCUCAAAUGAUGAAAAAAGUAGUGAUAAAUAUAUUAUUGAACGAAAACAAGUACAAGAUAAAAACAAAAUCUCGCCUGAACUAUCAAGUGGAUCCAGAGGCUAGAGUGCCGUCAUUCUGCGAAAAACUGAAAUUGUCGCUGACCUUGACGAAUAAUGCGAAGUGAGUCUGUAUCAUAUUGAAUUAGAAUGCAAUUUUAAUGCGACGUGAGUCUGUAUCAGAAGUAUCAUACGCGGCGCUGUC